CACGCUGUAAGAUUCAUUGGCGGUGUUGCGGUGCACGGUAGUACGGGAAACACUGUCAGAAUAUUUUACCACGGUGUUCCUUCCGCAUCGGCGGAACAAUGAAGAUUCGAGAGCCGUUAACGGAACCGAACGUCAUGUAAAUAAUUGGUUCCGCUAUUUUGUUUGAAAAAUGGAACCGGUUCCUCGGUUCUCGGUUCAGAUCAAGACCUGAUAUUUGUCUUCCUUAGAGAUGGAGUAUAUUACAUGCGCUCACGCUCGUCAAGUCUAUCAGAUAAUGGGACGUAAAGAUGGGGUACAACACCAGUUGCUCUCUUAAAAAUAGCCUCUCCUGCUGGAGAAUGACCCCCCCUCAGCGCCUGUCGGAAUGCCGUUUCUCUCCGCGUGCACAAGGGCCACGCGCCAGAUGGCCACAUCAUAACCGACUGUGAUACUUGAUACUAUUGCACUAAAGCUGGACCCUAACUUUGCGGAUCUGAUGACCAAUCACAACAGACUGGGGCUGGUUGACCAAUCUGAGCAGACCGGGCUUUUCGGAAGGUGGGCUUUAAAGAAAACAAAACUAAAACAGACUGUUCAGAAAGUUGAUGAAAACAGGAUUUAAAGAGGGUGCUGUCCUUUCCUCCAUAUCCAGGGGAUUAUUUGCAUCCAGUGGUGUACGCCUGCACUGCAGUGAUGCUGCUCUGCCUGCUGAUUUCUAUCAUGACAUACAUUGUACACCACAGCAUAAUCCGAAUCAGCAGGAAAGGAUGGCACAUGCUCCUCAACUUCCUCUUCCACACUGCCAUGACGUUUGGGGUGUUUGCAGGAGGCAUCAACCAGAUCAAGUACCCUGUGAUCUGUCAAGUGUAAGCUGCUGUGUGGUGGGCGUUCUGGCGCACUAUGGCUGCCGUCGCAUCAUCCAGGUGGAUGCUGCACACUGGUGGUGGAUGAGGAGAUUCCCCCCCUUUCAUUUAAAGCACUUUGAGUACCCAGAAAAGCGCUAUAUAAAUGUUGGCAUUAUCUUGCACUACUCCUCCCUCUCUAGCAUGCUAUGGCUGCUCUUCACUGCCAGGAAUAUUUGCAAGGAGGUGUCCAAGGCUCCACCCAUACCUCAGGACAGGGACCCUCCCAACCAACCACGCCCUAAAGCCACCAUCUUCAGGUUUUAUCUGGUCAGUGGUGGGAUCCCUCUAAUUAUAGUGGGCGUUACGGCUGCUGUUAGCUUGGAUAACUACGGUAGCAGAGAUGACGCUCUUUACUGUUGGAUGGCCUGGGAGCCCAGUCUUGGGGGCUUUUACGGACCCACCGCCUUCUUGGUCUUGGUAAUGUGCAUCUACUUUCUAUGGACAUUCGUGCAGCUAAAGCGGCAUCCAGAGCGCAAGUAUGAGCUCAAGGCCAUGACCGAAGAACAGCAGCGUCUAGCCGUAGCUGAAAUCGGCCAUUGCCACGCCGUCAGUGGAGAACCAGGUGAGCACGGCGAUCACACAGGCUGCACAGCCAUCACAGCCUCCAUGCUGGCCAAUGAACACUCUUUCAAAGCUCAGCUGAGGGCCACCGCCUUUACUCUCUUCCUCUUCCUGGCCACCUGGGUUUUCGGAGCACUGGCCGUAUCACAGGGCCAUUUUCUAGACAUGAUCUUCAGCUGCCUAUACGGAGCGUUUUCAGUCACAUUGGGGCUUUUUCUGCUGAUUCAGCACUGUGCGAAACGUGACGAUGUGUGGCAUCGGUGGUGGGCCUGUUGCCCCAACAAACCAAAGGUGGAGGUCAACGGAGAACCGGCGGGGAGCGUCGCUCCCCCUUCUCAAAGUCACAGCCAUACGCCAUCCCAUGGGCAGAACCCAAUCCACUGCCAGGUCGACUCAUCCUGCCCAGGUAAACCACUGCUUUCCCCACACCUACACUCCCCUUUGCCGCACUGCAAGUUGGGUACUCUGCCCUCCACCCAAAACCACACGAGCACCUGCUGUGCCACCCUUCACAGCCCCUCUUCCUUAAUCGGGAGCACGACUCGCCCGCAGUCCCUCCCUGAUGAACUGCCCCGGCCAACCCUUCCCUUGCAAAGCUGCCUGAAGGACAGGUCUAAGACUCGUUCCUUCAAUCGACCUCGGCCCUGCCUCAGGGACUAUUCUUAUCACAUGACUUCCACCAGCAUGGACGGCAGUGUGCACAGCUCCCACCUGGACAGCCCCCACAGCGUGCACCUGGACAACCCUCUCACCUGCCACACGUCCCACUUUGACACUCAACUCUCUUGUCACAGCCCCCACCCAGACAACCAGCUGCGCUGCCCCAGUCCCAGUCCUCACCUUGAGAGUUUGGCUUCGCACGGCCUUCACGAUAGCCUCUCCUGCCACAGCGCACACUUGGACAGCCAGCUCUCCUGCCACAGACACAUGUGCUGUGCCAAAGUAGACCCAUUCUCGAGCAUAUGCUGCCAUAAAGCUGACCCAUUUGUCAGCCCUUGCCAGGCGGAGGAUCCUGACACUGGUCCGCUGGUGUACAGUUGCCCAAAAAUGGCCGAUAAAGAGGACGAAACCAUGCUGCAUUUGGAUAUAACCCCUCCGAAGGCCACUCUGUCGUGCUCCCAGGCCACACUCAGCAGGAAAGGCACCCUCAGCCGGAGAGGGACACUGAGUCGGAACAGUAGUCAGCAUGAGGACUACGUACUUACCUCUGAUUCCACAGGUAACAUUAGGACUGGACCUUGGAAAAAUGAGACAACCGUGUAGGCCUGUGAAUGACGUGCUAACCUGUUUCUCUCGCCUGAGCUAAACUACUGUGUAGUCCCAGGGCUGUUACCCAAAGGCCCUCUCUUCUUUGAGCUAAGCUACUGUGUAGUCCCUCUGCUGUGACUUCCCCUCUCUCACCCGCCCCAUAUACCUUCUCUUCCCCUUUAAAGAGGUUUGAACCUCUGCUUACCUCUUCUCAGACUUCAUCUCAUGCCUCAUCCCAGCUCCAUUCGGUUUGUCCUCUUGCCAUUUUGAUAUGGCAGCAAAGAUCACAUGCCAUACAUUUUAAUUUGGAUGAUUUUUUAUAAUCAAACUAAUUUUUGUACAUGUGUUUUUGGGUAUGGUAACAUAAUGUGAAAUUAUGUCGUUGUGGAUGUGUGUGAGUGUGAGUGUGUGCGUUUAGUAGGUGAGAAAGUACUGAGUGCAUGUGUUUGUGUCUAUUUGCAUGUGACAACAUGCUUGUGUGUAUAUAGAUAGCAAGAUUUCCAUUCGUGCAAGAAAAUUACUCUGUUUUAGAGCCAAAAUCUCCCACAUUUGUGUUUAGCCUUUUAAUAAAAAAUGCUAAAUGGAUCGCCAAGUGUGAAAACACCAGCACUUAAUUAGAUUUUUACUUUUAAGGAAAACUGUGAAUUAUCACUAAUGAAAUUAAGAUUUAUCAAUGAACAUAUAUGUGAGUUACAGUAUAUGUGCCAAACAGUAUAAUAAUUAAAAUACAACUCUUAAAACUGAGAUCUACCCCGAAGUACGAAGUAGUCUGUGAUUAUGUGGAUAAUGGUGUGUGGUUGUCACAACGAAGCUGUCAUUUUUUUCAUAUACAGACAUAAAAACAGCAAACAAAUAGGCUCCCUGUGUUUCCAUGGUGACAAAUCAUGAAGAGAGGUGCCCAGUCAGAAUGCAUUUUGAACUGCACACGUGAUGUAUGCACAUACAGUAUUUAGUUACUGGCAAUGAGGCGCAGAUCAGUUCAAGUCAAUGGCCUUACAGAACGUAUCAGUUUUGCUUUGAUCAAAAGUCUUACGUUGCACUAAUGCAUUAAAGCAUGCUCACCAUAAUGCAGGAAGCAAUCAUUUACAUGCCUAACGAGCUACAUAUAGCUACAUAUAUUCAUGUGAUUGACAGAACAUGUCAUAGCUUACUGGAAACACUCAUGUUUAUUUAUUCUGAGGGCUUCACUUUCUACAGUAGAAGAAAGGAUUCUCAUUAACAGUUUAUAUCACUGUGCCAACUCACCUUGCUCACAAAAAUUGUCUGAUUUAACAUAAUGGAAGCUCAUCCGUCAAACGAGCAGUGAGUAAAUGAAGACAAAAAGGAAAAAAAUGUGUCUCUGCCAACUCAUAUUGUAAAUAAUUAUCAGGCAUAUUGAUUCAAAACAAGUAAAUCAAGAAUAAAAUGGAAUCUUAACACUAAAUUACAUAAGUUCAGUGAAACAUGAGGGCAAACGACCAGAAUUUUGAUUUGAGAAAUGGAUCAAAUUUACAUAACAUUCUUGCUUUCAUUGAAAUUAAUAUGUGAUUUAUUUAUUAAAUUCUAUUUAUUCUUCAUUUAAUUGUUUUGAAUCAGCACACCCGAUUUACAAUAUAUAAAUUGGCGCAGAUGCAACUGUCUUUUUUUAAACUUAAUAUAGAAUUUGGUGUGCAUAUUCUAUUUUAUUCCUAAUUUAAAUGGAGAUAAACACAUGAUCACACAUGAAAUCUGCCAAUAGCUACAUUUAUCUAUUUUCAUUUUUAAGGGUUAAUAUAAUUUUUUGACUACCAUGUGAUCGUAUUUGUCUUAUUUUGUUCUUAAUAAUAUGUGCCAUUAUUUAAUCAGAAUGCCAAACGAAGAGUAAUGUGAAACAUUUGGAAGAUUCCUUAUGUGGUUUAUGUUGGGUUUCUUUGUGAGCUCAGGGAUCAUGUUACAUUUACAACUACACAAGAUAUCAAUUUGCAUGAAAUUAAUAUUGGCUAUUGACCCCAGAGUGUUUCACCAUCAAAUUGAAAAAAAAUAUAUAUAUAUGUAUAAAAAUAUAUUUUUAACUCAAAUUGCCCUUCACCAGCCAACCCAUGCUUUCUUCAGAUGUGUAGCACAUGGAUACUAUUAAGCCCUCUCUUGAAUCCUUGGAGGAAAUGAAGUUUCUAGCUGCCUGAUUUACCAUGUGUUGUGCUUUAUCUUUACCCACACGACUCACCUGUCAUUUAUAGCAAAUGAAAGAACUGCAGUCAUUUUUUGGUCAGUACAUGUGAUUUGUGCUCUGACCUGACCCAAAGCCAGUUUUUUUUUUUUUUUUUUUACAUUUGUCACAAUUUUCAAUAAAUGUAUUUUAUCACCUGAUGCUGUGGUCCUGUUCUCUUGCUCUCUUUUUAGAGGCUUCAAAGUAGUGAGCAAAAAUACAAUGCAUAAUGCCCAAAGUUGCCUGAGUGCUUCCUUAACUAGAUC